AUGAGCUCGCGCUUCAAGUCUCUAGGCUUCGGUUCCAAACGAAAGAGCAGCGCCAACAUCCAAUCCGCUUCGACCACUUCCACAUCGGUCGCUUCACCCAACGGCUCCAUCUCGAACGCCACGACUCCUCCCCCUCCUCAAAACUCCUCGCAAACCAGCCUGCCGCCCAUGAAUCCCAACCAGCCAGGCGCGCCUGGACGUCCUCCCAGCUACCAGUACAACACCGUCCAGGGACGUCCUCAGUCGCCAAUGCCACCUGCUCAGAACCAGAUGGCUCACCACCCUGCUCCCAUCGAUACCAGGGCCGGUGCUUAUGUUGGCGGCGCUCCUCAGUUGGGUCCACCUCAACCCCCAGGGUAUGGCGGUGCAUACGGGCAUCAGAAUAUCGGUCCACAACCGGGCAUCCAACAUAUGGCUAAUCAAUACCCACCGGGUGCUCGUCCCGCAGAGGUUGAGGGCGCAGGGAGGAGCAAGGCCCAGCUGAUUGUUGGCAUCGAUUUUGGCACCACUUUCUCGGGUGUGGCAUUCGCCUUCGCGACGAACACGGAAGCAAAAGAAGAUAUAAUAACAGAAUGGCCAGGUGCGGGCAAUCAAACAAAACAAAAGAUUCCCACCGUUCUAUACUAUGACCAAUAUCAGAAAGUUGUCGGCUGGGGUCCAGACAUUGCGGACGCCCUAGCUCCCACAGGCUAUCCCAAACCAGGCGUGCAAAAAGUCGAAUGGUUCAAACUGCAACUCAUGCUUUCAGGCAACACUUACAUCGACCCUAUUAACCUGCCUCCUCUACCACCCGGGAAGUCCGAAAUCGAUGUGGCAGCUGAUUAUCUCUUCAAACUUCGGCAAGCCAUGAGAGUCCAGCUGCAAAAGACAUUGGGUGAGGUCUUUAACAGAGAAGAGCGGAAUAUCCGAUACUUUCUAACCGUGCCCGCUAUUUGGAACGAUGCCGGCAAAGCAGCCACCAGGGCGGCAGCCAUUCAAGCCGGAUUCAUUCGUGAUGAGAACGACAACCGACUAACGCUCAUUACCGAACCCGAAGCCGCAGCCAUGUUCUGUUCCAAGACCGGCCUCCUCAACCUCAAGAUUCAUGAUGCGGUCCUGAUCGUAGAUUGCGGCGGUGGCACCGUUGAUCUGAUUGCAUAUGAGGUCGAAGAAGAGACUCCCUUCACUGUUGCCGAAUGUACGGCCGGAAGCGGCGACUCCUGCGGUUCUACUGCUCUCAACCGUAACUUUUCCAAUAUCUUGCGCGCAAAGAUCAGGAAGAUGAAGUUGCCUGAUGGAUCGAAAACCGCCGGCCGAGUAUACGCCAAGUGCAUUAUGGACUUUGAAAACAGAAUAAAGGCAGAUUUCCGCAACAAUGGUCAGAAAUGGGCCGUCGAUGUUGGUAUCGAGGCUGAGUUCCCCGAAGCCGGCAUUGAAGAGGGCUACAUGACGUUCACCAAUGAGGAAAUCCUUCAAUGCUUCGAACCCGUGGUCAACAGAAUCCUGGAGCUUGUUCGCAACCAAAUUAUCGCUAUCCAAGCGCAGAACAGAUCGUUACAGAAUGUUCUUGUGGUGGGUGGGUUUGGUGCAUCCGAGUAUCUCUUCCAGCAGAUCAAGCUGCAUGUUCCCCCACAGUUCCAAUCUAAAGUCGUCAGACCCAUGGAUUCGGUGGCUGCGAUUGUCAAAGGCGCCGUCACGGCAGGUAUCACUGAGCGCGUCAUCACCUCCCGCGUUGCGAGACGACAUUAUCUCAUGGCGACCCUUCAGCCGUUCAAAGAAGGUCACCAUCCUGAACAAUAUCGCGUGCCGAGCCUUGACGGCAAGGAUCGGUGUAAAUAUACAAGACAGAUCUUCGUUCAGAAGGGCGAGAGAGUCAAGAUUGGUGAGCCGGUCAAAGUCUCGUUUUUCAGACAAGUCGCACCUGGGGCGACGUUGAUGUACGAAGACAUUCUUUAUGCAUGCGAUGAGGAUGUUUGUCCUGAAUAUACCAAAGACCCACGCAUCAAGGAAGUAGUCACUCUUACUUCGGAUUUGUCAAGAAAGAACCUCGAAAAGGACUUUGAAAGAAUGGAUACUCCACAGGGCACAUUCUACAGAGUGUACUUCGAUAUUUACCUGACAUUGGAUGGGUCCGAGUUUAAUGCCGAAUUGGUGUGUCAGGGUGAAGUGAUGGGAAGAUGCAGCGCAAGAUUCAGAUAA